UUGUUCGAUUCUGCAUGUUUAUUAAGUUGUCAGCACUGUAUAAGCCAUUUUGUGACAGAAAGUGUCUGACACAUUUUUCAUCAAAUUUUCAGCUUCCAAAAAUAUUUCAUAAAAAUGGCAAAGGACGUUGUUAAGUCAAACAAACCCCAACUAAGAGGAUUGUUACAGAACCAGAUCAAAAAGAAUUUGGCUCUUGCUGUCGGCAUGUGCUUUGUGGCUGCAGUAGCACAAAAAAUCUGGAUCAACGAUGAACGAAAGAAAGUUUAUGCCGAAUUUUACAAGAAUUACGAUAUUGAAAAGGCAUUCAACACCAUCAGAAACAAAGGAUUGUUUGACUCCUGCCAGCCAGACAAAUAAAUUUAUGUAAUUAAUAGUAUUUAAUGUGAACAUCAUUUAGAUCUGAAUUGUAUAGUAAAACAAUAAAAAUUCAAACAAA